AUGUCUUCCAGUAACGCCGAUGGAGACUCCUAUGUCCAGGUGACACCAGAUGACCAUAGCGCCUUCAUCAUCAUUGCCGCUCUGGUUGGUCUGAGCUGGUCCAUCUUCAUCAUUGGCAUCCGGGUGUAUCUCCGGUGGAAACUGAAUCCCCCCUUUGGCUUCGACGAUGCAUUUGCUGUGUUCGGGACGAUUAUUGGAACCGUGCAAACCGCGGUGACCCUUGACGCGGUGCGAAGUGGCAUCGGCAAGAAAGAGGCUUUACUCACCGAUGAUCGGGUGGAAUCUGGACUGAAGAGCAUCUACAUCGCCUGGCUCCUGUACCCCGUUGUCGUCUGUUCCUCGAAGAUCUCCAUAUCCCUUCUAAUAGCGCGUCUUACGAGAACGAAGCUACAUCUCAAAGCGAGUCAUCUUUUGACCGGGUUCAUUGUUCUCUGGGGAGUGAUCUCGCUAUUCCUGAUUGCAUUUCAAUGCAAACUCCCCAUGCCAUGGGACAUUGGGGCGAUGGAUCAUUGCAGAAGCAUGUUUGUUCAAUGGACCGCUGUUGAAGCGGGAAACAUCUUCAUCGAACUUCUCCUACCCUGUAUUGUGAUCUUGAUGGUGUGGGAUCUACGUGUGGCCUCGACGACCAAGAUCACCGUAGUCAUGGCCUUUUCCCUCCAGCUUCUAGCAACGGUGCCCAUUGUUGUACGCCUUGUGCUCCUCCAGCAAAGCACAACAGGAGACGACGCCGCCGAUCCGACGUUCACCAUUACUGACACUGUCCUGGUGACUGAAGUCGCUAUGCACUUCUCCCUGAUGUCUGCCACGUUCCCUUGCCUCCGCAAGUUCCUCCAGGUAUUUGACAUGAACAUGGGUGCCACCACGCAUCUGGACUGCGAGCCGGGGGGAACGUACUACAGCCGUUCUCGUUCGGGAGGAAGCUACGCGCUCCAGUCGAUAGAGCAAGGUUCUCGAGUGGGAAGGGAGGACAUGUCCGGUACGAAGUCCCGAUUUCUCACCAAGGGCCAGGGUCAGACCGUCACCACCGUCUCGGGAGGCUUGACUGAGGGUGCGGAUCAUCAAGGAAAGUCGCAACGGAAUAGUACCAUGGACGAUGCUGAGAUGCGGAGUAUCGAUAGUGACGGAAGUCAGCAUGCGAUUAUCCGGCGGACGCAGUGGGAGGUAAAAGUCGAAUGA